AUGAGAAGAAGGAAUCACCAAGCGAAAGCGGCCGAAACCGUAAAGAAGACCAAUCCGCAAAUUGGGUUCACGUUUCCUGAUCCUUCGAGCUCCCGAGCACAUUCAGAUUUGAAACGCAAGAGAAGGGUGAGUUUCGUCGAUGUUGAUCAUCGGAAUCUCUUGGACGAUUCCCCAGAAGCUCAAACCGGUCGAUCGCUUGAUGCCAAAACCUCAGAGUUUGCGUUCUUUAAGAAGCUAAAGUCCGAUUUUGGUCGCUGCUCUGAAACUUCUGACUCUAAACCAUCUAAUAGAGUCAAUCAAAAUCCGGACACCUUCGAAUCCAGAAGCCACAACGAAUUUGCAGGAACGGAUCGCGAAGUUGAAGAUAAACGCGAUAGUUGUAGCUUCUCCACACCCAUUCAUACUGGAAGACGUGGUUCUUGUGGCUUGACUCGAAAGGAUAAAGAGAAAGAUGCUGGGAAAUCUUCUUCAGGAUUCAGUAGAGAUAAGGACACAGUUCGAGGUGGUAACAACCUGAGAUUUGGAGAAAGCAGUGAUGAAAAAGGAGACUUGUUCUCUGUGAAGAGGAAGAGACUGAAUCAGUGGGUCAAAGAUACAUGGUUUCCUCAAAUCCCUGAGCUUACCUCAAACGGGCAGGAUUUAGUUUCCGUUCUCCUAAGUCGGCUGUUCCCUGGUGCGGAGGAGACGCAUCCUUCUAGGUUCCCCAAGGAGAAGACGGAUAGAGUCAAAAGAAGAACGUUUCUUGAUUCUCCUGGAUCCAAGUUUCUCAAGAGGUCCCAUGGAAGCUACACUGAAGUUGACCACAGUCUGAAACUGGAAAGGGACAGAUCGAUAUCUUGGCUGGAAAAUAGCAUUGCACCGAGUCUGCAGUUUCCAACAGAUCAUUUUCACAGCAGUUUCAUCCCAAGAGAUCCGGAAGAGAUUAGCUUGUCCGUCGCAUAUCCGAAGGAAUCAGUUUAUAGACAUCCGUUGUUGAAACAGAAGGCGUCGUCAUUGUCGUUUCCUUCUGAAGAAACUCUGGACUGUUGUCCCAUGUCUAGCCUCCAUUUCAGAAACUACAAGCCUCUUUCACUGGGUUAUCACAGAGAAGAAAGUGGAUACAGGUCGGAGGACUUAUCACAUGAUUGUAGAGAGCCUUCCUCUGCAUUACUUCUGGAGUGGAAUAAUGAAACCGCAAGCACCAGAAAGACGGAUGAUUUGCCACUAAGUUACCACACGGAACUCAUCGCAUAUCCAAAUGCAUCAACCUCACUAUCUUUGACUGAUAAUCCAUGGAGCUCUGGCUAUUCUUCAUCUCAUGAUUUGGUUGCAAGGGAGCUGUACCCUUUACCUCUGCUCUCUCGUUACACUAUCAGCAGUUCCUUCAUACCAGCAACGAACAAAACCAGCCAUUUUGAGCAUGAAUUCGAGAGGCAUGCUAUUGAUGACGAAGAUGUGGUUGCUGCAAACAACAGUCUCCAGACGUUUCAUCACUCAAAUAGCUCAGAUUGUUUAAGCAGAGACUACACAUACUCUCCAGUGGAUCAUUGCCCUUUUCAAGUCCCUGGAUGUGAGAUAGUACCCUUUCCAGUUUCCAGCAUCAGCGAUUCAAUUUUGUUGGAAGCGUCAAGUCCAUCACAAAGCGAUCUUUUUAGCACUCAUGAUUGGAUACGCUUUUGA